AUGCAAACCCUGAUCAGAUAUUGUCUGUGUGCUUUACUGAUUUCGUACAGCGAACACGUCCUAGUCACUGGUGCAACCGGGUACAUAGGUGCACACAUAGUGGACAUACUUCUCCGACGUGGCCUCCGUGUGCGAGGAACAGCUCGCUCGCAGCACAAGGUGGACGAGAUGCUCCGCGCACGUCCUCAGUACGCGGAGCGCCUGGACUUUGUCCUCGUGAAGGACCUGACCGAGCCAGGCGGCUUCGACGACGCUGUCAAAGGCGUCGAUGCUAUCAUUCACACCGCGAGCCCUGUUACCUUGUCUGAGGACUUGGACCGCGAAAAAGACCUUAUUCUGCCUGCAAUCAGGGGCACGGAAGCUGUUCUGCUCGCCGCAAAGAGCGAGCCACGCGUGCAGAGGCUGAUCUACACGUCGUCGUUUGCUGCACUCAUCAAUGCCUCGCUCCUCGCGAACCCGCCCGCGGGCCUCACCUUCACCGCUGCAGACUGGAACCCAAUCACCUACGAGGAAGGCCUCACCGGCCCGGCCAUUUCCGCAUACCGCGUGGGAAAGAAGGAGGCGGAGCUCCGCGCCUGGCACUGCGUGCGUGAGGAGAAGCCGCAGUUCGACCUCGUCACGAUCUGCCCACCGCUCGUCUUCGGACCCGUCGUCCACCCGGUCGCGCGCACCGCCGAGCUCAACCACAGCGUCACGGACCUCUGGCGCAUCGCGUGCGGCGCCUACCCCUACCCGCCUAUCCGUACGGUGAUAUGGGCCGACGUACGAGACGUCGCGGUCGCGCACGUCGAAGCGCUUCUCCGCCCCGAAGUGAGCAACAUGCGCUUCACACUUGCGUCGCCCGAAGGCUUCACCAACCAGCUCAUUGCCGACAUUAUGCGCGAGGAGUUCGAUUGGGCGAAGCAAGCGGUUGUAGAGGGCACGCCUGGGGCGCCGGUCCCGGAGUGGCCCAGGGCCGACGGCUGGACGGCGAGCGAGAAAUUGGGGUUCACAUACCACACGCUCAGGGAGUGUAUUGUAGACUCUAUACGACAGUUUAAGGAGAUCGAGCAGCGCGAAAAGGCAGUCUAA